AUGGAGUUCGGACGCUACCAUGGCAAGGGAGUGCUACACCUGCCCGACGGCUAUCGAUACGAAGGCGAGUUCCAGAACGGCGAGUUUCAUGGUCGAGGCACGCUCUUCUUCCCCGAGGGAAAACUGGAAGGGGAAUGGGCUUGCGGAAAGCAAGUGGAAGGGACCUUCACGUUCUCGGACGGACUUGAGUAUGCCCCAACGGGCUGGACGUACUGCACCGACGCCAACCGGCAGUACUACUCGGAGUCGGUAUCUCCUCGAGGAAUCCUUCCGACAGGCGAGCUCAACUACUUCGAUACGGGCGUCAACCGAGUAGUCCCGCUAGGCUCUUACGAUGCCGGCAACGGCAUUUACACCCCCUCGACAGGCCUCGUGUCGGCGUACAAUAAUCCAUCCGAGACGCGAGUGCCCACUGAGCAGGAGAAGGAGUGGAUUGUAAAGAGAGCCCCAAAAGCUACCACCAAAGACAUGUCGAUCCAUUGA